UUGUGUACAUCAGAAAGUGUGUGUGGGACGAGCCCGAGUGGGUGGGAGUAGUGCGUCUUUAAACCUGAUAAUCCUGCCUUCCUCAAUCUCUGCCUGCCAGUCGUGGGGAAAGCGGACCGGCGUAGGGAGGUCUCUGUGCGUCCACAGUUACCUUAGAGACGUACCAACUUUAUGGGCUCUAACAUCUACAUUAUUAGACCUAAUCUGGAUUCUCACAGAUAAGAAUCAAACAGCUAAAGCACGCGAUGUUCAGCAGUUGGUUGGAGUCUAAUCCUAUUAGAUAGCCGGCGGUUCAGACCCAGGUGAUAUUGUCUACAAUGAGCUCCACGGACAAUUCGGACGCGGAUUCCAAAUUAGUUUCUGUAAUACAGCGACUGGAGGAGAGCGUUCUCUCCGAGGAGAAGAGGCUGACGGUGCGAGGGCCCUCCCCAGACGCCCUCGCUACAUGUCUGCCCGCUCGCGUCCGAGAAAUCGUCACCAAGAACCUCAGCGAGGGCUCAGCAGGAGCGAUGUCCUCCGUCAUGUCCCUGCAGGAGGAGAACCGGGUGCUGCAGGCGGAGCUGGGCCGGGUGGAGGACCUGUUGGCCAACAGCAGGGCCGACCGCGACGAGCUCGCCAUCAAGUAUGGCGCCAUAAGCGAGCGGCUGGAGCAGGCGCUGUGCCUCGACACGGGGGACGCGGGCAGCGAGAGCGGCAGCGUGGCGCAGCAGAACGUGGACCUGCGGCGGCGCCUGGACGACGAGCAGGCGGCGUACAAACGCAAGCUGGCGGCCUAUCAGGAGGGCCAGCAGAGGCAGGCGCAGCUGGUGCAGAAACUGCAAGCCAAGGUGCUCCAGUACAAGAGGAAGUGUGGGGAUCUGGAGCACGCGUUACAGGAGAGGAGCGCUGAGCUGGAGCAGCACGCCUCCAGGGACAACGGUUCAGGUCAACACGAGGAUGACGGCGGCGGCAAUCUGGAGGACGCUUUGAUUAGACUGGAGGAGGAACAUCAGAGGAGCAGCAGCCUGUCCUCGGUGAACGCCAUGCUGAGGGAGCAGCUAGAGCAGGCGGGGCUGGCCAACGAGGCCCUCAGUCAAGACAUACGCAGACUCACUGCGGAUUGGACCAAGGCCCGGGAGGAACUGGACCAAAAGGAGACUGAUUGGAGGAGAGAGGAAGAGUCCUUCCACAGCUACUUCAAUAGCGAGCACAGUCGCCUGCUGCUGCUAUGGCGACAGGUGGUCGGCUUCCGGAGGCACGUCUGUGAGCUGAAGAGCAACACCGAGAGGGACCUGUCUGACAUGCGUAACGAGCUGGCCCGGGUCUCCCAGGCCACACAGGCGUCCUGCGCGGGCCUGUCCAGCACGCUGCACCGCCGGCAGGACAGCGCCGCCCUGGCCCUGGAGCGCGACGCGACGCUGCGGGACCAGCUGGAGCUGCAGCUCGGAGAGCGGCUGGCCGAGUUCACCGGCCUCCAGACCAGAACGGAGCAGCUCAACAUCAGGUUUUCGGACUCGGUGCGAGAGAGGGAGCGACUCAAAGCUCAGGUGGAAGAGAAAGAGCGAGAGCUGGCGGCCCUGAGCCGGAGGCUGGAGGAGCAGCUUGGCCACAGCGAGGCAGACAUGCAGACCAUGAGGGCGCAGACGGAGGUGCUGGUCGACACCCUGCGGGACAUCGCCCAGUCCGUCCUGUCAGAGGGGGAGUCCUCUUCAGAGGCGGACCAGGACAACUCGGGGGAGAUUCUGCUGUCUCUGCUCCGUGGAUCCUCUGUUCUCCGCUCCAUGUCCCCUCGCCGCACCUCCUCUCCGUCCCGCACUGCCACCACCACCUCCACCUCCCCCACCUCCCCCUCCAUGACCCUGCUCCCAGAGGCCGGCCUGUCUGCCCUGCGCUCCGCCGCGGCCAGCAGACAGCUCCAGCUGCAGGAGGCCAGAGGGCGCCUGACCUCGGCCCAGGCGUCGGCCCUGCAGCUCCGCCGGCAGCUGGCCGACGCCGAGGCCGGUCGGAAGGACCUGGAGCUGAGGAACCAGGCCCUGCAGGGCGAGAGAGACACGGCGACCAGGGAGAGGGAGACCGGGCAGAGGGAGAGGGACCGCCUGAAGCUGGAGAGAGACGCGCUCGCAAGUGGGAAGGGGAACCUGGAGCUGGUGGCCCAGGCGGCCCAGAGCAGCUCACACAUACUGCAGAUGGACUACGAGAAGCUGCAGCUGUCUGUGGCGUCCGCCCAGCGAGAGAGGGACCACGAGAGGGAGGAGAGAGAGGCGGCCCUUCAGGAGAGGGACCGGGCCAAGGCAGAGACCCAUAGGACUCAGCGACAGCUGGAGCAGUGCGAGAGCCGGGCCUCUGUCCAGCGGGGCGAGCUGUCCACAGUGCGGGAGGCCUGCCAGCAGGGGGAGGUAGAGAGACAGCUGCUGGAGGGAGAGAAGGCCCAGAUGUCGGAGGCCCUGACCCGGGCCGAGAGCAGGAACGGCGACCUGUCACUCAUGCUACACAAGCUCCAGUCAGAGGAGGCGGGUCUUAGGGACUCCUUGGCCAAGAUGAGCAAUAUCAACGAGGGCCUGGCACACGACAAGACCGACCUCAACAACCUCGUCAUGCAGCUGGAGGAGGACAAGGCUCUGCUGCAGACCCAGAGGCGGGAGGCGGAGCAGGAGAAGCUGACCCUGCGCGACGAGCUGGUGCGGCUGGAGCAGGACCGCCUGGAGCUGGACUCCACCCAGGGGGUCCUGCAGCGGUCCCUGCAGGACGCGGAGCACGGCAGGGCGUCGGUGGACACGGAGCUCCACGGCCUCCGCGCCGAGAGGCUCAAGCUGCAGGACAAAGUCACCCAGCUGUGUGGCGAGGUGAGUGCUCUGGGGUCCGAGCUCAGCCUGGCCCGAGGGGAGGGCCAGCGACAGGAGGUGGCCCUGGUGGAGGUGGGCCGCGGCCGGGCAGACCUAGCCCGCGAGAGGGCCGCCCUGGUGGUCCAGCUGACCGCCUCCGAGAGGGAGAACGCCGUGCUGUCCGAGGAGCUGACUGCCUUCAGGUCAGAGCGCGAGGCCCUGGAGACCAGCCUGUUCGAGGUGCAGCAGCAGCUGGCUCAGCUGGAGUCUCGCCGGGAGCAGCUGGAAGCGGAGAACCAGAACGUCAGUCUGCGCUGUGAGACGGUGACAGCCGAGCUGAGGCGAGUGCGCUCGGAGGGGGAGACCGCCCUGGCCCAGAGUGAGAGGGAGCGGCAGACCCUCUCCCUGGCCUUGAGCACCGCCCGGCGAGAGGCCCAGACUGCCCUGUGCAGCGCCAUGUCCGACCACCAGGAGGAGCUGGAGCGACUGGCCUCAGAGAAGGAGGCCCUGCGUCACAGCCUGCAGACGGAGAGCCAGGAGCUCCUGAGGACGCACCGGCAGGAGGAGGAGGAGCAGCUCCUCCAAGCCGAGAGGGAGCGGGAGGCGCUGAGGGACGAGGCCCGGAGCCUGCAGCGCGACCGGGACCUGAGCCUCCUGCAGGCCGAGACGGAGAAACAGCAGGCUCUGUCCUUGAAGGAGGCGGAGAAGGCGGUGCUGGCUGACAAGGUGUCCGCCCUGCAGGCUGAGCUGACAGCGGCUGUCCGUGACACAGAGAGGACGAGCAGGGAAGCAGCUCUCUACAAGGAGCAGGAGCAGGCCCGCGUGGGGGUCUUGACUGGGGAGCUGCAGGACCUGCGCUCCCAGCUGGAGGACGCCAGGGGGGCCCAUGAGCGGCAGCUCCAGAGCCUGGGGGAGGCCCGCGCAGACCUGCAGUCCCGCUCCGACGCGGCUCUGAGAGAGUUGGAGCAGUGGAGAGCCUCUCUGUCCACCAGUCAGGAGAGUCGUGACCAGGUGAAGAGGGAGCUGCUGGAGACGGAGCGGCAGCUCAGCCAAUCACGCGACACGACGGAGGGCCUCCGGAGGGAGGGGGCGGAGCUUAGACGCAGCCUAAGUGACCUCACCAAGGAGAAGGAGACCCUGAGCCAAUCGAAUACCACGCUGAGGGAAGCUGUGAGGGGCGCGGAGAGCGAGAGGAUCGGGGUGAAGCGGCAGUGCGAGGAGCAGGCCCAGCGCGUCACGGUGCUGGAGGAGAGCUUCUCCUCGGCCCAGCUGGAGGUCAGCGACCUGCGCGGCGUCCUGCGGGAGGUGGAGCGCUCCCGCCUGGAGGCCCGCAGGGAGCUGCAGGAGCAGAGGAGACAGGUGAAGGUGCUGGACGGGGAGCGGGAGCAGAGGGUGAAGGAGGUGAACGAGCUCCAGUCCCGCCUGUCGCUGGAGGAGCAGAGGGACGAGGAGCGCGGGAAGGAGAACUUCCUCCUCAAGCAGAAGCUUUCCGAAGCCGAAAGCGCCAGGAACUCACUGAAGAAAGAGCUCUCAGCGGUGCAGCGGCGCGCGCUGGACUCUGAGUCGGGCUGGCGGGGCUGCGAGCGGGAGCUGACGGCCCAGCUGCAGGAGGCGCGCGGCUGCGAGAAGAAGCUCCAGGACGAGGCCCGCAACCUGUGCCUGCGCGCCCAGGCGGCCCAGGAGAGCGCCAGCCAGGCGGGCCUCCAGCUAAGCGAGGCCCAGGGCCGGCUGGCCGCCACGGAGGCCGAGCUGACCCGGGCCGAGGCCGGCCGCCGGGACCUGGAGUUCCGCCUGGGCAGCCUGCAGUCGGCGCUGACCCGGACGCUGGGCAUCGGCGCGGGGAGGCGGGUCAGCGGAGGAGGAGGAGGAGGAGGAGGGAGGGGUAGGAGCCCUGGCGGGAGCUCUCCGGGCUCCAGCACCAUCUCCCGCCACUCCAGCGUGUCGCCGCUGCGCUCCUCGCUGUCCCCGCGCAAAGAGCUGACCCCUGACAACACUCUUGGCCUGGUUCCCAUCUCCCCUCAAGGGGGGGACCCCCCCCUGGCCGCCCCCCCCCUGGCCGUCCCACUGCCGGAGCUGGACCCCGAGACCCUCCGAGGCCGCCUCAGAGACUUCCUCCAGGAGCUCCGCGAGGCGCAGAGGGAACGGGACGAGGCCCAGGGCCAGCUGGGGGCCCUGCAGAGGGAGGUGGAGCAGGCGAUCGGGGACAGAGAUGGGGCCCAGAGACAACUCGCCCAGCUGCAGAGCACCCUGCAGGAGUGCCAAGAAGGGAGGCGGACGGCGGACGGCCGUCUGAGCUCCACCCAGACCCUGCUGCGGCAGCAGGAGGAGGCGGGGCGGCGGGGGGAGAGGGAGAGGCGGGCCCUCGCCGACCGAGCCAAGGAGCUGGAGCGGGCCCUGCAGGCCCUGGAGGCGGACAAGAAGCACACACAGGACCAGCUCAGCAAGCAGCGUGCGGCGGAGGUGCGCGUGGAGGCGGAGCGGCGGCGGCUGCGGGAGGCCCUGGAGGCGGCGGAGGCGCGGGCCACCCGGCUGGAGCUGGGACGGCGCAGCCUGGAGGGGGAGCUGCAGAGGCUGAGGCUCAGCCUGGCCGACCAGGAGGCCGGGGGCCAGGGCCGCCAGGAGCAGCAGGACGCCCUGGUCCAACAGGUCGCCGAGGCGGACUGCCGCGUGGCCAGCCUCCAGCGAGAGGUGGAGAGGCUGAAUCAGGCUCUGCUCAAGGUGCAGGAGGGCGAGGGCCUGCUGAAGGAGAGGAACCAGAGCCUCAGCCAGAGCCUUCAGGAGGUGUCGGUCAGUCACAGCGCCACCCAGGGGCGCCUGGUCACACUGCAGAAGAGCCUGAGCACGUCGGAGCAGGAGAAGAGGCAGCUACAGGAGCGUGUGGACGAGGCCAGGGUCUCCUUGGCGGAGGGGCGGAGGAGCUUGGCUAGUCUGGGGGAGCUCACGGAGAGCCUGAAGAGCGAGCUGAGCCAGAGCGAGCUGCGGCGCGAGCUCCUGGAGACGGAGCUGGCCACCACACAGGAGGCCCUGCGGCAGCGCACGGCGGGCCUGGCGGAGGCCCAGCGCGGGGCCCAGGCCGCCCUGACGGAGCGCACGGCGGCGGAGGAGAGGCUGCGGGCGCUGCAGAGGGCGGUGGCCAUGCUGGAGACGGAGAAGAGGGACGCGGAGAGACAGGCGGUGCGGCUGGAGAAGGACAAGAACGCCCUGCGCUGCACGCUGGAUAAGGUGGAGCGGCAGAAGCUGAAGACGGAGGAGGGCCGCAUGCGCCUCUCGGCGGAGAAGAGCCGUCUGGACCGCUCCCUGAGCUCCAUCGAGGAGGAGCUGCAGGCCGCCCAGCAGCAGGUCCUCCUGCUGCAGACUCAGCUGUCGGAGACGGAGCCGGUCCCGGGUGUGUGUGAGGGCUGUGGGAGGCAGCAGGCUGAGGCGGACCGCCUGAGGACCAGCUACAGAGAGGUGGAGCGGGCCCUGGCGGUCCGCGAGAGAGCCCACCGGCACAGGGUCAAAGGUCUGGAGGAACAGGUGGCAACACUAAAGGAGCAGCUGCAGCAGGAGAUGAAGACUCGACAGCCUGGUCUCUCCUCUGUCUCUGGUGGACGCUAGGAGACACCAGCUCACCCCCUGGUCUCUCCUCUUUCUCUGGUGGAUGCUAGGAGACACAAGCUCACCCCCUGGUCUCUCCUCUGUCUCUGGUGGCGCUAGGAGACACCAGCUCACCCCCUGGUCUCUCCUCUGUCUCUGGGGGACGCUAGGAGACACAAGCUCACCCCCUGGUCUCUCCUCUGUCUCUGGGGGACGCUAGGAGACAACAGCUCACCCCCUGGUCUCUCCUCUGUCUCUGGGGGACGCUAGGAGACACCAGCUCACCCCCUGGUCUCUCCUCUGUCUCUGGGGGACGCUAGGAGACACCAGCUCACCCCCUGGUCUCUCCUCUGUCUCUGGGGGACGCUAGGAGACACCAGCUCACCCCCUGGUCUCUCUCUGUCUCUGAUGGACACUAGGAGACACCAGCUCACCCCCUGGUCUCUCCUAUAUGUCUCUCUGGUGAACGCUAGGAGACACCAGCUCACCCCCUGGUCUCUCCUCUGUCUCUGGUGGACGCUAGGAGACACCAGCUCACCCCCUGGUCUCUCCUCUGUCUCUGGUGAACAGUAGGAGACACCAGCUCAUCCCCUGGUCUCUCCCAUAUGUCUCUCUGGGGAACACCAGGCCAGGCAACCCCCUGUUCAUAACCACUAGGGGUAAAGAGGACCGUCGUACAGCCGGGAAUAUCUAAAAGAGACUUGGUUUUAUUUUUUUAAUCCUUCUGCUCCAUUCCAAUCUUCACUAAAUCAAACUUUGCAGCCAUUGAAGUAGACUCUGAGUAGAGGAGCCGGCAAGGGGGGAGUGUUAUUGUGUUAAAUGCCAGCCAUAAACUGAUUGUUGGAAACCCUACCAUUAUUUUUUACGGGAUGCUCUCUAUUCCAGAGGAGUCCUUUCCAAAGGAGACUCAGAAUCCCAACAGCUUCCCCCUGUGGGACGCGGCCGUAGGCGACGAUGGGAUAGGAGGACGAACUCUGCCAAUGUAGUUGGCUUGAGGUCUCUCACUUUUAUAUGACAUUGAAUGACGUGUAUGGUCUUAACCAAAGGCGCUAAGUACCGGGCAUUGGACCAAAUGAGUGUUUAAAACCAGCCUAUAAUCGACUGAUAUGUUUGUGUUUUAUAUAUAUAUUUUAACAGUUUAAUGUCCAGAGAACAUUCAAACACUUCUUCAUCGUGGUGAACAUGCACUUCAGGUGUCAAGCGUUCAUACUUGUUACUAAAACAAUGACCUAGAAACGAAAUCAUUUUAAAAUGUAUUCAAUGUUUACCAACAGUUUAUUUAUAUUUGAAUGACACGGUUGAAUUGUUGUUGUAGAAAAAAAAGCAUUGUGUUUGGAAGUAUGUCGCGAAGAGGCCAAUCGUGAAGAUGCUGUUUAAAGACCACAAUAGAACUGCUCAACACAGAACCAAGAGUAGCAUUGCAUUAAAAACCUGUCCCUAAGUGCA